AUGAGCCGCCGUCGCGACUACCCCGCCAUCCCGACUCCCACGCCGCCACCGACUCCGUGUGCAUUCGCGACCCAUUGUUUGAAGUCUGCCGGAGGCUAUGCCCAAAUCUUUGCUGCGACCCCGUUACCACCGGCGCCGUCCCGACCUCUGCCUCGCCGACUCCGUGUGCAUUCGCGACCCAUUUUGAAGAAGCGAUGGGACAACAAUCAUGGAAGCGUGUUCAGCGGCGCCGACGACGGCCCAACCCUCCGACAGUGCAACAUGUGUUCGUCCAAGUUCCAUCAUAUGUGCAUCGUGGAAGAAGCCGCGAGGAACGGGUGGCCCGAAGCGGAAGAAGAAGCGAAGACGUCCGAAGGGAGCGAAGAACAAGGCGAAGGUGCAAGAUGUGCAAGGCGAGUCUACACCGAAGAAGCGAGGGCGGCCACCGAAGUCAUCGUCAGUGCCAACAUGCCGUCAACGCCGUCAGAGGUGGACGUCACGCCGAUCCCAGUCGGGCCGCUACGAGAGACGCAAAUCCACAAGAACGACAAGAAGCUGCUUGCCUUCUACGCGGCUUACCAAAACUUCAUGCUAAGUGGUGUGGUCACCGAAGUGCGCUACGUUGUUGGCAGCGAGAAAGAUCCCGACAUCGACACGCCGGGCAAGAACACGAAAGCCGAGGCCAAGGCGAUGGUGGCAUUGUACAAGAUCACUUGGAAUCACACACGGUUUCAGCGCGACGAGCCGUGGAUUACUGCGCGCCUGUUUUACAAAGGCGAGCCAACGUAUGAACGCGGGACGAAGUUACCUGCAAAUCUCCUCAAGUCCGAGGACGAGUCGCACGACCUUACCGAGCGGGACAAUAAGUUCAUUGCGAACAGUUCAUUCGACGAAGAGACCAAGAGCGACGAAGAAACCAACGACGGCAGUUUGGCGCCGCAAGACGACGACGGCAGCGAGGACGAGUGGUCCGAGUACGUGGACCGUGGUUGGAAGAAGCACGGGCACUACGACGCGACAGAAGACUUUGAAGGACUCGAAGACGUGGAAUGGACGUGCGGAGGACAUUACGCCGGGCCCACAGACCUCUACGAACACGAAGACAACAAGGACGACACGCCCGUGGACGAGUUGCGUAUCUCGGAAGAGUUCAAGCAUCUAUUCAAGGACCCCGUCAAAGAUUUCCUGGGGUUCAUGCCGCUGGAAUUUUGGAAGAUCGUGACGUUGCGAACGAACGCCAAGGCCGUGGCGCUGCAAGCAGCGCAUCCAAAGGGCUACGUAGGUGGGCGCGAGUUCAAGAAAAGCAUCGAGCUGGUGGAAGUCAUGAAGUUUGUGGGCCUGCUUAUCAUGAUGAGUGUCGUGCAAGGUGGUGAGUACAGUCUGUAUUGGUCAAAGCCGAGUAUGUCGUUCCUCAUGCCGCCGACGGAGAACUUCGGCCGCGUCAUGCCGAUCGACCGAUUCAAGCAAUUGCGGGCGUGCAUCACAUUCAACGACGUGGUCGAGCCCGCAGACCCACUUUGGCGCAUUAGGCCGCUCAUCAACCUGUUGAAGGCAUCGUUCAAGAACUUCGUCGUGGCCGGCCGCGAGAUCAGCGUGGACGAAGCAUGCAUUCCGUGUCGUUCAAGUUAUGCGCGUGCGCUUAUCGUCUACAAUCCCAAGAAACCUUUGGGCAAGUACCACUUCCGCAUUUACACGGCGGCGUGUGCAACUACGUGCAAGGUUGACCCAGACGAUGGCGCGGAACACCCGCGGGAUGAAGUCAAGCCAAGCGCAUUGCGACAACACGUCAUCGACAUCACGAAACAAUGGGAAGGCUCACAUCGAGUGAUCAACAUGGACAACUGGUACUCGUCGGUGCAGUUGUGUUUGACGCUGCUCAAGAUGGGCAUGUAUUGCCGAGGAACGGUUCGAAGCCACAGAGCGCACAACCCACGGUUUGGCAUGUUCGACAAGAAGCAGAUCAAGUCCGUCAUGCGCGUCGUGAACAUGCUAUCUACUGCGGAUGCAACUGCGAAGUCGUAUGUCCAUCGCCGAAUUGGAAGUGAAACUCGCCAACAAGAAUGCCUAUCGCUCGUCGGCCUGUACAACAAGUACAUGCAAGGUGUGGACCGCCACGAUCAUCUCCGCGAACGGUUCUCGAUCGCGUCGGGUGCAAGUUUCUAG